AUGGCACUAGGUCAAGAUCCACCGAAUGCAAACAUUUCAUGGCGUAUCUAUGUCGGUACAAUUGUCAGCAUUGUCCCUGCUACCACUUCCGUGAUUUUGCGGUUUGUUGCCCGCAACAUCUCCCGUGCUGGCCUGUGGUGGGAUGACUAUACCAUUGCAGUAUCUCUGGUGGUAAACUGGGGUAUGGCUGCUUUGCGAUGGGCACAGAUCCCCUUGUACGAUUAUGGCCAUCACGCUCAAUACAUAACACCUGAGAAGCUUAUAGGAUUUGGCAAGAGCUUCGUGGCUGUCCAACUUCUAUACUUUACCAAUGCCGUCCUCACCAAGACCUCGCUGCUGUUUCUCUUCUACCGCAUUUUUGGUGUUGUGAGAGGGUUUCGUUGGGUCCUCUGGGCCUCUGGCUUCAUGGUUGUUGCCUACUUUAUCGUAUGUUCAAUAACUUCGAUUGUGGGAUGCUCACCAGUAUCCAAAGCGUGGAAUACAAGCGAGCCAGGUCACUGCAUCAACGAAGUGGCAUUCUUCCGCUGGAAUGGCAUUGGCAACAUGAUUCUCGAUUUCCUGGUACUCUGUCUCCCGCUUCCAAUGGCCUGGCGAGUGAAAACAACGAUCCGACAAAAAUGUAUUCUAAGCGGAAUCUUCCUACUGGGUGGCUUCGUCUGUAUCGUCUCAAUUAUGCGCAUUAUCAGUUUCGAGUCAGCAGUCAUUGGUGAUCCUACUUAUACAAGUAUCGGGCCAGCAACUUGGUCCUCGGUUGAGCAAUCCGUUGGGAUAAUCUGUGCUUGUCUUCCAACACUUCGACCUCUCUUCCGACGUCUCUAUGGCGUAUCACGGGUAGCCUCGAGUAGAAGCAUGAGCCCUACUCUCGAUUCCCAAGAUCGCUCCUCACUAUCUCGUCGGAUGUCGCAUUGUGAUGAAGAAAGUAGAAUUAUUCGCCUUGGUUCACCGCAACAGUACAAUCGUCGUACUUCCUCACAUGAGCUAGACGGUAUAUGUGUUUACGGCAGCCCAACGUUUGAUGAAACUCAGGAGCAUCCCGAUUCGCAAGUUUCGCAGACGAAUGGGGUGGGCAGACCGGUAUCUGCGACAAGGUCACUUGGUUGA